CUGCCCCAUUACCGAAUGUCGCUUACCACAUAGCAAAGUUGCACAUUUGCAGCUCGGAGCCUCUCACGCCAAACCCAUCCCUCCCUUUGACCUUCUCGGCUUGUUCAGAAUCUUUUUGGAGAAGAUGGUUUCUCUGAAGAUGCUGAAGGAAUAUCAGCAGAAAAAUAGCCCUGGAGCAGCCGCAGGAGCCAAGAAGAAACGAAAAACUAAAGAAGGAAGCAGGCCGGAGAGCCCCGCUAACGACGACCGGCAGUCCCCGGAGAACAUUCAGAACCUUCUGAAGGUGCUGGUGUCAGACCUUAGCCGCUCCAAUGGGGUAGCCAUACCCUCAUUGGACAAGAGGAAGGCCUACGUGGACGGCGAUGGUGCCGCUCGCGGUGCUGCCCAGCUGGCUGCCGACGGCCCCGCGCUGCCCGGCUGCGGCCCCGGCCUCCCUGCUGCCGCCAGCCUCCAGCGGACACAGAUUCGUGAAGCUGAAGAUCGUAAAAAUGCCUUGGAUGAGAACAGGUCUCUUUCAUCAACAGAAAGUCUCCGCCAGUUGUCCGAGCAGCUCAAUGGCCUCGUUUCUCAGUCUACAUCGUAUGUGAAUGGAGAAAGUGCCGUUUCUUCCACAGAUAUUAAGGAAAUGGAAACACGUUACCAGGAGCUGGCAGUAGCCCUAGAUUCCAGCAAUCUAACUAACAAACAGCUCAUUACAAAGAUAGAGGAAUUGAAACAGCAGAACCAAGAAGCAAUGAAUCAGCUGGAGAAGGAAAAGAAGGAGUUUGAACAGAAAUUUUCUAAAGAGCAAGCAGCGCUGAGGGAACAGCUGCAGGUUCAUAUUCAGACUAUUGGAAUUCUGGUUUCUGAGAAGUCUGAGUUGCAGACGGCCCUUGGACACACUCAACAAGCUGCCCGGCAGAAAUCAGGAGAAGCGGAGGACCUUGCUGCUCGCUUGCAGUCAUCGCGCCAGAGGGUGGCGGAGCUGGAACGCACCUUAUCCUCCAUCUCCAUGCAGCAGAAACAGUCAGAGAAGCAUAAUAAAGAGCUAGUAAAGGAACGAGACAACUUGAAACUGGAACUGUACAAACAAAGCAAAGGUACUGAGGAACUAAAGCAGCAGAACUCAGAAUUGUCAGAGAAACUCCGCUCCCUGCUUUCUGAGAACUCAGCCAUGAAGCUGGAUCUGGAGGAUUUACAUAAGAAACUGGAAAUGGCUGAACUGAUGAUCCAACAGUUCUCAAAUCAGUCGGGGAGCCUGGAUGCCAACCAACAGCUGCAGGUGGCACUGGAGGAGAGGGCGAGCCUGGAAACGCAGAUCGCUCAGCUCUCAGAGUCACUUCACCAGCUGCAGGCAGAAAGAGAUCAGUAUGUAGAGAAGCUGAAGGAGGAGGGGAGCAUUUGGCAGCAGCGGGUUCAGCAGCUCUCUGAGCAGGUUCACACAAUGGCAGAAGAGAAGGAGAAACAUAUGACCCAAAUUCGGGAGCUGGAAGCCAAUGUUACAGAACUGUUAAGCAAAUCAGUAGCUAAGCCCACGGAUACGGAGCCUUCCUCCCCGGCAGGGCCCACAGAGGCUGAGCUGAGCCUGCGGGAAGAGGUCCAGCGGUUGCAGCAAGAGAGAGAUGAGCUGCACGGGCAGUACCAGGCCCAGGUCCGGGACAAYGAGCAGCUGAGCCACCUCAACAGGGAGCAGGAGGAGCGGCUGCUGGAGCUCGAGAAGACCGUGCAGCGCUACAGCGAGGAGUCUGUGGACAGGCAGCAGAUCCUGGAGAGCAUGCAGAGUGACAAGGCCACCAUCAGCAGGGCUCUGAGCCAAAACCGKGACCUCAAGGAGCAGCUGGCUGAACUGCAGAAUGGGUUUGUCAGACUGACGAAUGAAAACAUGGAGGUUACAAGUGCCCUACAAUCAGAGCAACAUGUAAAGAAGGAGCUGGCCAAGAAGCUUGGGCAGCUGCAGGAGAACCUGGGGGAGCUCAAAGAGACGCUGGAGCUGAAAACCCAGGAAGCUCGAGGGCUGCAGGAGCAGCGGGACCAGUACUACAGCCACUUACAGCAGUACACGGUGGCUUACCAGCAGCUGGCUGCCGAGAGGGAGGAACUGCACAAGCAGUACCUGCUCCAGACACAGCUUAUGGAUCGGCUACAGCAUGAGGAAGUGCAAGGGAAGGUGACUGUGGAGAUGCACCUGAAGGAGCUGCAGCAGACUAAGGAAAAUCUGGAAGCUGUAGCUAAGGAAAACAAAGAGCUGCAGGCCCAGAUCAGUCAGUUAGCAGCAGAGCUGGAUGGGAGGAUGUUGCAGCGACUAGAAGGAGAUGGAGUUGAAAGUGAAGCAAUGAUUGAAGAAACCCCAAAAUCUUCAUUUGUGAUCCCAGAGAACUUUGAAAGCCAUGAAGAAAUGGUUGCUUUCUUGACAUCUGCCAUGUCCCAAGUAGAGAAGGAGCGAGAAGAUAUGAGACAACAACUCACCAUUCAGAAACAGCAGUGCAGAAGCCUCCUGCAGCAAAUAGCAGCUCUUAGGCAGGAGCAGCAACAUAAUGUGACAGUGAGUGCAGAUUCCACUAUGGAUACUGUCCCAGUGGAGGUUCAUGAGGCUUUGAAAAAUGCCAUGGAGAAACUACAGUCCCGUUUCACAGACCUGAUGCAGGAGAAAGCUGAUCUGAAGGAGCGGCUGGAGGAGCUAGAACACCGCUGCAUUCAGCUCUCCGGGGAAACGGACACCAUUGGGGAAUAUAUUGCAUUAUAUCAGAGUCAAAGGGCUAUCCUCAAACAACGACACCAAGAGAAAGAGGAGUACAUCAGCAGGCUGGCUCAGGACAAGGAAGAGAUGAAGGUGAAGUUACUGGAGCUGCAGGACUUGGUCAUGCGACUGGUUGGGGAGAGAAAUGAGUGGUACAGCAAGUACGUGGGAGGUGCUCAGAAGCCAGAGCCGUUGGCAGGCCAGGAUCAGAGCCUGCUUCCCGGGGAGAGGCGCAUUGAACUGAACGCUACUGAUGGAGAAGGACUACGAGAAGUGAGUUUAUCGGAUGAAGCGGAACAAGAAGCUGGUAAUCAUCAGUCCAGUUUCCCCCMCCUUGACAGUAAAACUGCUCAGCCAACCCAAGAGGACCCCACAGCAAAGCAAAUAAUGCAGCUUCUCAGAGAAAUCCAGAACCCUCAGGAGAGGCUKGGCUCCCUGCCAGAAACCCCCUGCAUUCCCUUCUUCUACCGGGCUGAUGAGAAUGAUGAGGUCAAAAUCAUGGUGGUUUAAGUGACACUUAUUUACAGCAAUUUUCUAUGAGCCUGUAAGGACUUGCACAGACUUGUACUUGACCUGUACCUCUGCCCAGUGCCCUUGGUCAGAACAGGUAUCUGCUUUAAAGACC